UCCGCGAAGGGGCAGUAAGUACAUUGGGGUGGCAGUAAUGCGCCGUUAAAGCUGGUCAAUUAAACCAACGAGGAAGAUGACGGACACGGAAGUAGACGAGAACGCGGAAGCGCUUCGCGCAGUCGACUGUCAGACGACGUUGCUCAAGACUAGAAUUUGCACCGUUGGGGAGGAUGGCCGGAACUGUGACAAAUCCAUUCCAGCAUAUAGUUGAGCCUCUGGAUCCUGAAAUUAAAAAUCAGCUGUUUUACAACCUCUCCAAACUUGGAGAUCCCCGAUAUGACAGCUUGCCUUUCUCAAUCCGAGUUCUAUUGGAGUCCGCCGUGAGGAACUGUGAUGGCUUUCUGGUGAAGCAGUCCAAUGUCGAAGAUAUUCUGAACUGGAAGGAGACACAGAUGCAGACGGUGGAGAUCCCGUUCAUGCCGGCACGUGUUAUCCUGCAGGACUUCACUGGUGUACCUGCUGUGGUGGAUUUCGCUGCAAUGCGUGAUGCUGUGAUUAAGCUUGGCGGCAACCCAGAGAAGAUUAAUCCUGUCUGCCCGGCUGACCUGGUCAUUGAUCAUUCCGUCCAAGUGGACUUCAACAAAAAGUCUGAUAGCCUUCAGAAAAACGAGAACUUGGAGUUUGAACGCAACAAAGAGAGAUUCCAGUUCCUUAAGUGGGGGUCCCAGGCGUUCAGAAACAUGCGUAUCAUUCCACCUGGUUCUGGAAUUGUUCACCAGGUCAAUUUGGAGUACUUGGCCCGAGUGGUGUUUAACCAUGAUGGGUAUUUCUACCCGGAUAGCCUAGUGGGCACAGAUUCCCAUACCACCAUGAUCGAUGGCCUCGGUGUUCUUGGUUGGGGUGUGGGUGGAAUCGAAGCAGAGGCAGUGAUGCUGGGUCAACCAAUCAGUAUGGUUCUGCCUGAAGUGGUUGGAUAUAAGUUGCACGGGACCCCAGACAAAUUCAUUACCUCCACGGACAUCGUUCUGACUGUAACAAAGCACCUCCGCCAAGUGGGCGUCGUGGGAAAGUUUGUGGAAUUUUUUGGGCCAAGCGUGGCACAGCUGUCAAUCGCAGACAGAGCCACCAUCUCCAACAUGUGUCCGGAAUACGGAGCGACUGCGGCGUUCUUUCCAGUUGACGAUGUAAGCAUUGAGUACCUCAAGCAAACAGGGCGAGAACCAGAAAAGCUGUCCUAUAUCACAAAGUACUUGAAGGCAGUGUCCAUGUUCCGAGACUACAGCAACGUCGCACAGGAUCCGGAUUUCAGUCAAGUUGUCGAGUUGGACCUUAGUACUGUGGUUCCGUGCUGCAGUGGCCCCAAAAGACCUCAGGACAAAAUACCCCUUUCAGACAUGAAGAAAGACUUUGAAACCUGCCUUGGAGCAAAGCAAGGUUUCAAGGGUUUUGCUGUGGGUCCAGACUCCCAAAACUUGACCAUUCCCUUCCAUUUUGACGGCAAAGAGUACACAUUAAGCCAUGGCUCAGUGGUUAUCACGGCUAUUACCAGCUGCACAAACACCAGCAACCCAUCUGUCAUGCUCGGAGCAGGACUCCUCGCUAAAAAGGCAGUGGAGAAUGGGUUAAGUGUAAAGCCUUACAUUAAGACCAGUCUAUCACCAGGCAGUGGCGUGGUUACCUACUACCUGAAGGAGAGUGGCGUGAUGGACUACCUCUUUCAGUUAGGCUUCGAGGUGGUCGGAUAUGGUUGCAUGACAUGUAUAGGCAACAGUGGACCCCUCCCGGAGGCAGUUGUAGAGGCCAUUAACCAGGGAGAUUUGGUCGCCGCAGGUGUACUUUCAGGCAACCGCAACUUUGAGGGACGUGUUCACCCCAACACCAGGGCCAACUACCUUGCAUCGCCUCCACUAGUCAUCGCUUAUGCGAUAGCUGGGACUGUAAGGAUUGACUUUGAAACAGAGCCUCUUGCAAUUAACUCAGAAGGUAGAGAGAUCUUCCUGAGGGAUAUUUGGCCCACACGAGAAGAGAUCCAGCGUGAAGAGAAAAAGUUUGUCAUUCCGUCCAUGUUUAGAGAGGUCUAUGAGAAAAUUGAGAAAGUAAACGAACGCUGGAACUCACUGGUUGCGCCAUCCGACAAGCUAUAUCCCUGGGACUUGACUUCAACUUACAUCAAGUCGCCACCCUUUUUUGACGGUUUGACCAUGCAGUUAAACCCUCCUAGGUCCAUUGAUGGUGCCUAUGUACUGCUAAACUUGGGUGAUUCAGUCACUACGGACCACAUUUCUCCUGCCGGAAACAUCACCAGAAACAGCCCUGCCGCCCGAUACCUGUCAAGCAGAGGUGUAACCCCACGUGACUUCAACUCAUACGGUUCCCGUCGAGGUAACGACGCUGUCAUGGCCAGGGGGACAUUUGCCAACAUCCGCCUGUUUAACAAAUUCCUCAACAAGCAGGCGCCGCAAACGGUUUACCUGCCAACAAAUGAAAUGAUGGAUGUGUUUGACGCAGCAGACCUAUACAAGCAAUCCGGAGUACCUCUACUGAUUCUCGCCGGGAGAGAGUAUGGUUCCGGAAGCUCAAGAGACUGGGCAGCAAAAGGUCCGUUAUUACUGGGCAUAAAGGCAGUUCUUGCCGAGAGCUACGAGCGUAUUCACCGGAGUAAUCUUGUAGGAAUGGGAAUCAUCCCACUUGAGUAUUUGCCGGGAGACACCGCCGAAAGUCUGGGCUUGACAGGAAGAGAGCGCUUCACAAUCACCAUCCCCGAACAGAUCACCACAAGAAUGAUUGUCACCAUAACGCUUGACACGGGAAAAACAUUCCAGGUACGGAUGAGAUUUGACACGGAUGUAGAACUGGCGUAUUUCUACCACGGGGGAAUCCUCAACUACAUGAUCCGCAAGAUGUUGGAAUGAGAGCGAGUGAAUGUAACGAUUGAUGUAAGAUAAAAUCCACCACAUUUUAACCCCACCAGUUUUUCAAUGUGUUCUUUUAUGACAUCUUUUUUACUGGGUUCUUUUUUGGAAUUACUUCUACUCCUGAAAUGCUGCACACAGCAACCUUCUUCCACACAGAUUGUGGAAAUACUUCUCUUCGAGAUCUGCUGCUUGCUCGAUCUGUUACGCCAGGUGUGCCGAUGUCGCCAGCCUGUCGUUUUCCAUGUCUAGUUUAAAGUGUUUUUCUGCCAUCUUCUGCCCAAUUCUAUAAGGAACAUGCUUCCUUUGAAGAGUGAAGUGCAAAAACAUACUCAAAAACAAACUGUCAAAGACUGUGAAAUGCAUUUUCUUAUUUGAGAUUUGGGAUCUCUGGUUGUGCUGUAGGUCUGAGGUGUGUUGACAGAAGUUACCACUCUUUGAAAUUGCACUUGUCUCUCAAAAAUUUAUGAGCGGACAUUAAAAAAUAUGUUUGUAAAUUGUGAAAAAAGUAACUUGUGUGUAUGUUAAGAGCAUAUAUAGUGAGACAGCACUGAAGACAACUAACUCUUGGUAUUCUGUGUAUGACUGCGCACAGUGGUGCAGCAAUCAAAUCACAUCAUCACAGAUAAUCAUCAGCAUUAUGCCAACAUCGGCCUCAGCCAUUGAUUACAAAUAAAUGGCUUCCAAGCAAAUAAAAUAUUACCGGAAAUACAAGGACGAUUACCAUGCUGAAGAGCCAUGUGCUCACACAUUCUGUAAUUUACAGUGCGGAUAUUUCAAU